AGGUGGAGGAGCAAGCAUGCGCAUUAGAAUCCCCAUGAGCAGCAUCAGGACCAAAAUGAUACUCAGCGAGCCUGCGUUGAGAGUGAGAAGAUGGUGCAUGUAAACACGGUGAAGGAGACGCUUCGUCAGACUCCAGCAGCCAUUUGCCUCGAUUAAUUUGUGACUUAAAGUCUAAACCAGGCGAGAAGAGGUGAUAUUUAACCACGAAAAGCGAACGAAGAAGAAACAAGCACGGCUGACAUGCGACUGUAGGAGCGUUUGUGAUAAUGACGACGCUGUAAACCUUCACGACGGACUUAAAAAAAACAAAGAAAAAAAAGAUUCCUCUAAAGUUACCAAACAUGGCAGGCUUUCCUAUGUGAUGGUCGCAGGUUUCUAGUGGGAUGCACAUCAGUGUUUGUCCGUACUCGCUCUCCGUCGUAAUGGCAGCUCUGUACCAGGGCACGGACGCUUCCUCUCCGGACAAAUUUCUGGCCUUGAAAGACGUGAGAGAAGUGAAAGAGGAAACCACCCUGGAUGAGAAGCUCUUCCUGCUGGCAUGCGAGAAAGGUGACUACUACAUGGUGAAGAAACUACUGGAAGAGAACAGGCACGGCGAGCUUAACAUCAACUGCGUAGACGUGCUGGGGCGAGACGCUGUGACCAUCACCAUUGAGAAUGAGAAUCUUGAUAUCCUGCAGCUUCUACUUGAACAUGGCUGCCAGGCGACAGACGCCUUGCUGGUGGCCAUAGACUCAGAAGUGGUCGGAGCUGUGGACAUCCUUCUCAACCACAGGCCAAGGCGAUCUUCCAAGCCCUCAAUUGCUAAACUGAUGCAGCGGAUCCAGAACCCAGAGUAUUCCACCACCAUGGACGUGGCUCCGGUCAUCUUGGCAGCACAUAGAAACAACUAUGAGAUCCUGACUAUGCUACUCAAACAGGACAUCUCUCUUCCCCGACCUCAUGCUGUUGGGUGCGAGUGCACGCUGUGCAAUGCUAAAAACAAGAAGGAUAGCCUGCGGCACUCCAGGUUCCGUCUUGACAUCUACCGCUGCCUGGCCAGCCCCUCUCUCAUCAUGCUGACUGAGGAGGACCCCAUACUCAGAGCAUUUGAGCUGAGUGCUGACCUGAAGGAGCUCAGUCUUGUGGAGGUGGAGUUCAGGAAUGAUUAUGAAGAGCUGGCAAAGCAGUGCAAGAUGUUUGCUAAGGACCUACUGGCUCAGGCUCGAAACUCUCGGGAGCUUGAAGUGAUUCUCAAUCACACGUCCAGCGAGGAUCAUGUUGACAAGAGAGGCUUGCUGGAGGAACGCAUGAACCUCAGCCGACUUAAACUUGCCAUCAAGUACAACCAAAAAGAGUUUGUGGCUCAGUCCAACUGCCAGCAGUUCCUCAACACCGUCUGGUUCGGAGAGACGGCUAGCUACAGGCGCAAACACACCUGUCUAAAGAUGGCCACGGUCCUGACUGUGGCUAUACUUUGGCCGCUGCUUUCCGUCUGUUACCUGGUGGUGCCACGCUCCCGAGUCGGCCAGAUAAUCCACACACCGUUUGUUAAGUUCAUCAUUCACAGCGCCUCCUACUUCACCUUCCUGCUACUGCUCAACCUGUACUCUCUGGUCUACAAUGAGGGCAAGAAAAACGAAAUGGGUCCCGCACUGGAGAUGAUUGAUUACCUCCUCAUCCUCUGGAUCAUAGGAAUGGUGUGGUCGGAUGUGAAGCGUCUGUGGUACGAAGGGUUGGAAGACUUUCUGGACGAGUCUAGGAACCAGCUGAGCUUUGUGAUGAAUUCACUGUACUUAGCCACCUUCGCCCUCAAGAUUGUUGCUCAUAGCAAGUUCAAAGACCAGAUGUUCAAUAGGAAGGACUGGGACGCCUUCCAUCCCAUCCUGGUGGCUGAGGGCCUCUUUGCCUUUGCCAAUGUGCUGAGUUACCUGCGACUUUUCUUCAUGUACACAACCAGCUCCAUUUUGGGGCCACUACAGAUCUCCAUGGGUCAGAUGCUGCAGGAGUUUGGCAAGUUUCUGGGCUUGUUCCUGCUGGUGUUAUUCUCCUUCACCAUUGGACUCACUCAGCUCUACGGAAAGGACCACAAAGACCCUUUCAAGAAAUCCUCCAAGGAUUGUGAGGGCAUAUUCUGCCAGCAGCAGAGCAAUGAUGCAUUCCACACGUUUAUUGGGACCUGCUAUGCCUUGUUCUGGUACAUUUUCUCCCUGGCACAUGUUGCACUCUUUGUCACCCGCAUCAACUACACAGAGGAGCUGCGCUCUUUUGUUGGUGCCAUGAUCAUAGGCACCUACAACAUUGUGGUUGUUAUUGUGCUGACCAAGCUGCUGGUGGCCAUGCUCCAUAAAAGUUUCAGGCAAAUUGCAAAUCAUGAGGAUAAGGAAUGGAAGUUUGCAAGGGCCAAACUCUGGCUCAGCUAUUUUGAUGACAAGUGUACUCUGCCUCCACCUUUCAAUAUCCUCCCCUCACCAAAGACUGUCUGCUACUUGGUGACCAGCUUGAGCAAGUGGAUCUGUUCACAUACCACAAAGGGCAAAAUGAAGAGGCAGAAUAGUCUUAAGGAGUGGAAGAACCUGAAGCAGAAGCGUGAUGAGAACUACCAGAAGAUCAUGUGUUGCCUGGUGCAUCGUUACCUGACCUCCACGCGGCAGAAGAUGCAGAGCACAGACCAGGCCACGGUGGAAAAUCUAAAUGACCUGCGCCAAGACCUGUCCAAGUUUCGCAACGAGAUGAGGGAUCUGCUGGGCUUCCGGACGUCCAAAUACGCAAUGUUCUACCCAAGGAGCUAAAACAAAACACUUUCCCUUUCUGCCGCCCGCUUCAUAAAAUCUUUGCUUCGUGUUUAUUUGGGAUGCUAUCUGAUCUGAGCAUGUGCAAAAAAUUCUGCUCUUUCGAGUCACAGAGGCAUCUUUAAAACCUGGAACUUUACUCAAGUAAUAUGUAUUCAGCACCAAAGUCUGCAGACUCAGACCCCCUAUCUCUUAUUCUGCUAUUUAACUUUUUUGUAAAUAAAGGAAGCCAUUGAUGAAUAAAGAUUUAUGGAAAUUUU